GAACUGCAAGCUAAAUGGAUGCAUGAAGAUAAAGGCAUGGCGCAGUACAGAGACUCCCUGACCAACUUCUCCAUCAGUGUUGGAGAAAUUUUGAACCCUGCUCUCUUUUGGGGGUGCAAGUCGUGCAGAGAUAACCAAGAUUUGAUUGCCCUUGAAACGAAACUGACCAGCGCUUUUCGCGAUGCUGAACCUGCUCCAUUAUUCCCAACAACACUUGGAUGUCUUGUCGCCGUGGAGCAUCCUGAGAGGAAAGAAUGGGUGCGCGCCAGAGUGUGUGAGAUUGAGCAUGAUUUGCUGACGGCCAAGGUGUUCCUCGUGGACUAUGGGAACUACCUGUCAGAUGUGCGGGUGAUGCACCCUUUGCCGGCCUGGGCACUGAAAAUGUGGCCUCAGGCCUAUCUCUUCCAACUGCGGGGAAUCAUCCCAGCAGAACUCCAAUUUGAUGAGAGUACGAAAAAGCACGUUUUGAGAAAGAGCAACAACUGGGUACUUGCCGCGAAGAACAAGGUGCAAGGCUUGCUUAGAAAGGGUCCUUGCAAUUUUUCUUGGAAUCAGGGACAGCUGAUGCACGCCAUCGGAGAUGUGUUUCUGUACAUCGAAAACAAUGUGAGGAUGGUGUCCCUUUCAAAAUACCUCACACAAUGUCAGUAUGCAAUCUCUGACAGCGAGCAGUUCCACAACGAACUUGUGGUGGAAGCAGUUGUCGCGAUUGCAGACUUGAGGGAAGGAUUUCUAGGACCUGACAUCAUUCCAGUCUUCCCGCCUGCAUCACCUCAGGUCAAUGAAAGCAUCGCCAAUUUACACAUAAAUGGAGAAAAGCGUUUGAUCAGCAACGGAGCUGUGCAGCACUCUGAAAUGCCAAGUUCUCCUAACGCAACCAAUCCAGUUACAAUAAAUAGCUCUGGAGAACAGCAGCGAUUAAGGGCUGCUCAUCUCCAGGCGUAUUCCAACAACCAAAGUGAAUCUCAGAAUUUUAAGAGCGGCGAAUCUGACAUCUGGAGUGCUUCUAAGGCGAGGAAGAAUAGGGAGGCGGAACAACUUCCCAUGAACAUUGAUGAAUCGCAAUUGUCUAAGCAGUUAUCUGACAUGAAAUUAGGCGACGACAGUGAAUCAGCUGAAAAGAGGCUGAGCAAUCUUCUUAUCAACAUGAAGAAUCCGCAUUUGCCUGUUAUGGUGAUGAAUUUCCACCCGGAGAAGCCACUGACCCUGCUCACCUCUGCGCCCUUUCUUACCGACAUUAUUAGGGUGUUAGAGAAGGCUGGCUUUGUGACUCCAACCAACAUUCAGAAGUACAUGUGGCCAUCAAUCUGCAGAGGAAGAAGCAUGGUUGCUGUUGGGGCACUUGACACUGGCAAGACUAUGGGCUUCUUAGCCCCACUGGCCAGCAUACUUCUGGAUCAAUCCACAGUCAAGGAACAAGUUCUCUGCGGGCCUAUUGCUUUGGUUCUUUGCUCAUCCGGCAUGAAGGCUGAAGGUCUUGAGGCCGACCUGAAGCAUCUUGUGGUGACAAACAAUUUUGCAAACGGGCCUAAACCUGAUUCAAGAGUGAAUAUCAUCUUGAGAAAUAAUGGCGAACAGGAUCCAAGUAGCGCUGCUCUGGAAUUGUUCAAUGGUUGUCACGUGCUGGUGACAACACCUGGUGUGUUUAAAAGCCUGAACAAGUCAAUUGAUUUGACAAAACUGAGCAUUGUUGUCUUGGAUGAUGCAGAUAUAUUGAUCGAGAAAUGCAAAGAAGAGGUGGAGGAGAUCCUCAACAUGUGUCAGGAGAUGAGAAAUAGAGAGAAUCAAAAGGACAUCCAGCUGGUGCUCACGGCGCGCAAGUGGCAUCCAAUGCUAGAAAAAUGGGCCACCGACACAUGUCUCAACAAGCCAGUGACUGUAGUGUCUGCUGGCUUUGAGCUGCUCAUGUUUGGUAAAGUCCAGCCCAUGAUCACAGUGGUGUCUGGCGACAGCAGAAUGCACCAGGUGGUCAACUUUGUCAGGGAGAGGCGUGGAAAGGCCAACAUCCUAAUCUGCUGCGGGGAAAAUGAGACCGCUUCGCAACUGGGCGCCGCGCUGCAGGCUGCAUGCGCCAAUUUGAUUGUAGCUGUAAAUGGAGAAGAGAUGGGAAAAAUUUCAGCCCUGAAGAAGAAGUGGGUCGAUCUGUCAGCUGGCGGUAAAGGCCCAGUUCUAGUUGCCAGCGAUGACGUUCUGCCCUCGCUGGCCAUUUCUGAUGCUGGCAUCCUACUCCAUUACUCUGUCCCUGAAUCCGAUUAUGCCUACUUCCUGCGCAUGUCCUCCUUGUUCGACUCAAUUGCACGGAAGCAGAAGAAAGGACCUGAGGUUCACAUCUUUGUGGACGUGGAUUGCGAUGAGAAGUGCAUUUUGGCUCUCGCCGACUUCCAGGAAAGAGCGGGCGCCCCUAUUCCCGAGCAAGUGAGCAUGAAAGCGGAGAUGAUCAGAAAGAGAAAGGAACAGGAGAAAAGCCUGAGUCCAUUGAGUCCCAAAGUGUGUGCUUUCGGCGCUUGUGCCAAAUUGAACUUGUGUGCUGACAGACACGUUCUGGAUCAUACUGACAUUCCAGCUGCUGAUUUACCAAAAUUUAGUGAGGUGAAGGUGCAAGAAGUGUCACAUGUGCACGACGCUUCACGCUUCUCAGUCCGAGUGCAGGAGCACAAAGGCGACGAGGGCAACGUGACUGAAGCCAGCAGUGAGCAGCAUUUCGACCUGGCUAUGGACCUUGAUGAACACUUCAGUCAAGAGAAAAGCAGCAUUGAGGCGCAAGAGGUCGCACCGACAGAGGAGAAACAAAAGCCAUCGACUGAGGGCCAGCUGCGUCUUCUUGAACUGUCUGGUGACCUGUUCACGUGUCCGUACUCGCUGGUGCACUGCGUGGCCGAGGAUUUUUACAUGGGUGGAGGAAUUGCCGUGCAGUUCAAGGAAAAGUUUGGUGGACACAAGCAGCUCUUACAACAGCGCAAGAAAGUUGGCCAAGUGGCUCACCUCAACUGCCAUGGCCGCUUCAUCUUCUGCUUGGUGACCAAGAAGAAAUCAAGGUCCUGCACACCACGGCUGAAGGACAUUCGGUGUUGUCUGAAUGAACUGCGGCGGUUGUGCGAGGGGUUGCGCAUCAACCGGCUUGGCAUGCCAAGGAUCUGCUGUGGCAAGGAUCGUUUUGACUGGAACGUCAUCAGGAGAGAAAUUGCGUCUGUCUUUGGUGGAGUGGACAUGAUCAUCAAGGUGUUCCAUGUCUCCUCUCAAGAGGGCGAAGAUCGUACCAUGCACAGCCGUCGAGUCAUGCACGCAAGUAAUGACAAUGAGGGUCGCAGCAAUGCAGACAGGAGCAGGUCCAGAAGCAAGCCCGCUUCGGGGCACAGGUUCAAUCAGUCUGUCAAGGGCGGCAUUGAAUAUUUUGAAGCUAAGAAACCGAGGCUGUUGCCUGGCUCUAAAGACCUUCAGGACGGACAGAUCAAGGCGAAAAAGAAGAAGCAUCCCCGAAUCAUGCCACCCUCAGAACACAAACCUGACAAGUUUGAGGAUGAAAACCAAAAUCAGCCCCAGCAAGAUGCAAUUGACAGUUGCCGCACAUUGGCCAGAAGCAAACUCUUCGAUGACGCCAUACAGACGGCGAUACACGAGCCGCCUAGAAACUACACCAGGAAUAAGAAAUUACUUUGAUAAACUGAUAUUCAUAUGUUAAAUAAUAUAUAUGUAUAUGCUAAGCGUGGUAACACUUAACUAUAUUGAAAUAUAAAGAAAUAUCAAUUGAAACGAUUAUUGUAUAAAAUUUAUAAUAAAGCAAUCGUGUACUUGGCUCAA